AUGGGCAACGGUUCGAUAAAAGCCCCACAGGCUGAGGAAAACAGCUGCCCGGCCUCCAUCCACACAGAUCCUCCUGGCCUGGAUAAAGACAGCCUCAGGUUGCGCAUUAUCCACCUAGAGGGGGAGCUGGCACAUCGGGACCAGGAGUUUCAAGCCCAGGAGCUUCACAUACAGCAUCUCCAGAAGGAACUGGAGGCCAAGAUUUCCCAGAUUGACAAGCUCCAGGAUGCUAUUGGCUACAACAACGGCUUGGGCCUUUCUCCAACAGUCAUGUGUCGCCGCAGCUGCUGCCGCUUCAGCAUCAUCAACCAGGGUCCAAGUCGCUUCCACAGAGUGGCCGUGGAGGUCCACCGCCGACUUAAAGCAAAAGAAGGUGUUUCUGCUGAGCCCACCUCAGACAACUUCUGCGGAGGGUUCAGACCAUCACACAUCUCCACAGCAAAGGCCAUUCGUAAAAACUCACACACCAGAAAGCUCAUCAACAAUGCCAUCAUGAACAAUGACUUUCUAAAGAAGCUGGAGCCACAGCACAUGAGGGAGAUGGUGGACUGUAUGUAUGAGAAGGUUUACACUGAGGGACAACUGGUCAUCCAGGAGGGAGAAGCUGGAAACUAUCUCUACGUGCUGGCAGAGGGCUUGCUGGAGGUCAUCCAGAAUGGGAAGCUGCUGGGUGAGAUGCAUCCUGGUACAGCAUUUGGAGAACUAGCCAUACUGUACAACUGUAAGAGAACAGCCACGGUUAAAGCUGUGCCUCAGUCUCACAUCUGGGCCCUGGACCGCCAGACCUUCCAGACCAUCAUGAUGCGGACCAUACAGGCCAGACAUGAAGAGUACUUCAGUUUUCUACGCAGUGUGUCACUGCUCCGUGAACUGCCGGAGGAGAAACUGGCCAAGAUUGUUGAUUGUCUUGAAGUGGACUACUUUGAGAAAGGGGAGUACAUUAUUCGAGAGGGUGAAGAGGGGAACACCUUCUUUAUUAUUGCAAAAGGAGAGGUCAUAGUCACUCAACGUACAGAAGGCUUUGCUGAACCUCAAGAAAUUAAUACCUUGGGAGUUGGAGACUACUUUGGAGAGAAAGCUCUCAUCAGUGAAGAUGUUCGCUCAGCCAACAUUAUCUGCAAUGAGAACGAUACACACUGCCUGGUGGUGGACAGAGAAAAUUUCAACCAAAUGGUGGGAACUUAUGAGGAGCUUCAGGCCUACCUGAAGGAAUAUGUGGAGGAGCUUUCCAGGAGUGAUGAGAGAAGAAAUGCCCUGCCCCACUCACCUCAGAUUAACUCUGCAGAGGCCAGGGAGCUGAGGAGGCUGAAGGAGAGGAUCGCACUCCUGCAUGUGCACCAGCCUUUCCGGGAUCUGGAGGUCGUAGCUACACUGGGCAUGGGAGGUUUUGGACGAGUAGAGCUAGUGAAGCUUAAGGAUGAGGACACCACAUUUGCUCUGAAGUGCAUUAAGAAGAAGCACAUAGUAGAAACCAGGCAGCAGGAGCACAUCUACUCUGAGAAAAACAUCCUACAGCAAACAAACUCAGCUUUCAUCAUCAAAUUAUUUCGAACGUUUCGAGACAACAAAUAUGUGUACAUGCUGCUGGAGGUUUGUCUUGGUGGAGAGCUGUGGACUGUGCUGCGGGACAUGAGUUAUUUUGAUGAGCCCACAGCAAGGUUUUGUAUUGGUUGUGUCUUGGAGGCCUUUGACUACCUCCACACUAUGGGCAUUGUGUACAGAGAUCUGAAACCUGAAAACCUUCUGCUGGAUUCAGAGGGCUAUGUCAAAAUGGCAGACUUUGGCUUUGCUAAAAAGAUUGGUCUUGGAAAAAAGACCUGGACAUUCUGUGGGACUCCUGAGUAUGUAGCCCCAGAGGUCAUCAUGAACAAAGGCCAUGACUUUGGAGCUGAUUGUUGGUCCCUGGGAAUCCUCAUAUUCGAACUUCUCACUGGCAACCCACCCUUUUCUGGCUCAGACCACAUAAAGAUUUACACCAUGAUCCUCCAUGGCAUCGAGAAGGUGGAUUUUCCCAAGAGAAUAGGCAAGCGUCCGGACGAACUCAUCAGAAGACUCUGCAAGUUAAACCCAGUUGAGAGGCUGGGAAACAAAAAGAGCGGUAUCACUGACAUCAAGAAACACAAGUGGUUCCAGGGAUUCAACUGGGAAGGGCUGAGAUGUUACAAGCUGCUGUCUCCACUGAGGAGACAGGUGAAGGGGCCAAUGGAUCACAGUCACUUUGACAUAUUUCCUCCGGACACAGAAGAGCCUCCUGAUGAGCUGUCUGGCUGGGAUAAAAACUUCUGA